CCCAGUCGCAUACAGCAUUCCCUCGCAGCUGGGCUCCGCAUUGCGCUGCGGUGCGGUGCGGGGCUCAGCUACUAUCCCAGCCAGCUACACCACCACCGCCUUCGAACGGCAAGCAAGACACACCACACCCGCCACGCGAGCGCCAAUGCCAUCCGGAUCAGCCUCAUCAUUAUCGCCUCAAGCUGCCGCGCGCCACUCGAAGCAACCAGACCUAGCCUCGCCAUCAAGUCUCACGCCUCCCAGCAAAAGUCAUGCACCACGCAUCCGAUCAAGAUGCGCCGCACCAAGACGCACAGGGCGAUCCACUGAGCUCGCAGGGACGUCCUGCCAAAGGCCUUCUUGAACCGGGAUGAGGUAGCAGUGCUGGAUGGAGCGGUGCUCGAGGAUAUGAAGAGGAGGCGCGACCUCAAGGGGAGCGAGCUGGAGGAGGAGGAGGAUGCGAAGCGAGAAAUGAAGCGAGAGAAUGAUCAAGAGGACAACGGCGAGGACAGAGACACGAGCAACAUGACGGCAAUGACCCCCGUCGAGAUCCGCGGCCACCUCACUCUUAAGCGCAAGGUACUCAAGCGAUACUGGCGGGGCCUUAUCUCAGGUAUCGAGCUACGCAAAUAUGGAUGCGCAGCACGCGGCGUUUUCGAUCGUCCGCUGCCCUUCCCUGGCCCUCCUCUACUGUCGCACCCGCCAGCAAUUUGCCCAGCUCCUCGAGAAGAACCCGCACCUCGACGCGUACCAAUGCAAGACGCCAGGUACCUUGUGAUUGUCAUAGAGUUCACCGACGAGCGGAGCAAGGCAGCCAUGGCCCUUUACGUCGGUUCGGCUUGUGGGCAGUCGGUCGCAGAGCGUACGGCGCAGCACGACGCCACGUUCGAGGAGCUGGCUGAGGCGGAGCGUUGCAACCACGAGAGCAAGAUCCUUGAGCUCGUGGCGAGGCAGCCGGGCCUGUAUCGUCGUGGAACCACUCGCCAUAUGCACUUUACGCUCACGCAGAUGGCAGAGAAUCUCGACACUCCCGAGCUGCAAGCCGAGUGGCUCCAGACGCUCGCCUACAGCAUCUUUGGCAAGCGCCUCGACUGUCUUGGGGAGGCCAAGCUGGGCCCGCGCCAGAUCGUGCGAAAGGUAACGGCCAUGGACGAGCUAAUCGGUUCGGCUCUCUUCAACUCCGUCACGCCUGGCUUCCCCAUGAUCUCGGAGCUCAACGGCAUGCGCUAUUCUGUCAAGCGCAUCGCGGAGAAGGCCAACGCUUGCGUGCCGGCCGUGCGGUUCGCAGAUUUGAGGUGGCGUCCUUGCAAGAACACUCCUCACCUCAAGUACAUCCCUCCUCGCUUGCCGCCCAACAUUCGCCGAUCGGAGAGGUCCAAGAGGAGCAUCGCCCACGUCAACUACCUCUCGCAGACGUCAUCGAUGGCGAGCGAAGCUAUGGGGCGGAUGCCUGGCGUUCGGGUCGUCCUCACCCACGGCGCGACCCUGCGCAAGCUCGUCGAGGAUGAGCACGCGAGGCGCGAGAGGCGGCAGAACGUUGGUGGAAGUACGGCGGCGGGCUGGGAUGUGGACGGGGACGACGGCUUGAUCGAGAUCAUCGAGGUCUACGAACCAACGAUCGCCAGCACUGUCCCGAUGAAUAAGGACUGGAAGCAGAUCAUUGCCCAGCCUUGCGAGGACGACGAGGAGGCGGCAGGAGAAGGGAGCCACGAUGGCGCACACGCUCUGGAGGAUGUCGAGUCGGUCGUUGUCCCUGGGUCUGCUGAUCCCACGCUCAUCGGACUGCGACGGGCGCCGAUCGAUUCGCGUCGUUCCUACGCGUGGCGCAGAGUGCGAGGACCCAAGCACCGUCUGGCAAGUCUCGGGCUACGCAGAGGAAGUGCGCCAGGAGGUCAGCGACGUCCUCACGCUCCCAGGAGAGGGCGGCCAGGCGUACAGGAUCGACUCACGCGGCAAGAUCAUCGUGGAGCUCGCGGACAAGACCUUUACGCUGGACCAAGCCGCCAUCCGCUCUUCCCCUCUCGCACCGGACAAGGCUCGUUUCAAGCUGCACGCUCUGGACGGCAGCUGGGUGCAGUUAGCACGCUCGGCUUCGGGCGAGGCGUCAUUUGUCCUGAGGCACUACGACGUCGGCUUCGACUAAAGGGACAGCUCCGGUGGUGGAAGGCGCAACCGAUUUGUAGCUACGGGCGAGAUCAUCGUCGCAGAAGGAUGAAGCGAACUCUUUGCGGAGAACUGCCUCGACCGUCAAGGCCAUGAAGGACCUGAUCUGCCUUGCAAUUGUUGACGGCGACAUUGAACACACACUCGGCCUUUUUGGCGAUUUCAGCAGCGCCAGCGACUACUAUAGGGCACGCUUUGCGCUUUUCGCAGACUGCGCCAGCGUGAGUGCCAGCGUGAGCGCGCACAAACGCAUUCCCUACAUCGCCCCGCAGCCUGCUCUUGUCUCUCCUCUUGGGCGUCCUCGUUUGGGUCUUCUCCUUUUGGGUUGGAAAGGAUUG